GCCCAGCCCAAUAGCAUUUUACUGACCCAAAUUGUUGAGAUUAGCGAAAUAGAAAAAAGCAUUUGUCGGAGAAGAAGAACUGUGUUGGUCGGUGACUGCCAGAGGAUCAAGUCGUCGGUGAAGAUGAGGAAGAAGAAGAAGAAGAUUGUGUUGAGUAGCACAUCUGAAGCUGAAAAGGUUAGUAUACCAUAUCUCCCAGACGAUCUACUCUUGAAUUGCUUAGCACGCAUCUCUAGAUUGUACUACCCAACUCUCUCGUUAGUCUCCAAGAGAUUCCGCUCUCUUCUCGCUUCCACAGAGCUCUACGAGACCCGACGGCUUUUAGGUACCUCCGAGAGUUGUCUCUAUUUCUUUAUGACUGAGAGGCGCAACGACCAUGAGGUUUAUGGGAAAGUUGAGUGGUGUCAUGUUGUGCAUACGUUGCCCCUAUUCAAUUUGUCUCGAGCACUAUCUUGUUACCACUGUUUGAGUCAUUGCUUCCUCAUGAUCAUAUAUAUCAUUUUGUUUUCUAUAUGAUGUAGGAUUUAUGGUUUGAAUAUGAUUGCAUAAUGCAUACAAUCGUUUCGAGAACUUGCCAUAGCCAAUUCUUGAUUACAUCAUGUUGAUUUACUGACUUGUGGUUACUAGUUUAACUAGGCUGGAAAAAACAGAGAAUUAGGCACUUGAAGGACAAAAGCAAAAAAGG